GGGCUCAAUAACAAAGUUCAGAUUGUCAGUAAACUGUUAUAACUACGGGACUAAACAUUUAAUUUCCGUGAAGCUACGAUACUUUAAGUCGAUAAAGAGUAGAUUUUACUGACCUGUCGAAGAUGACGAGUCGAAUGAAGCUGGUCCGCUCCCUGGUCAAGACUGCUGCUCUGGCCACUGUGCCCAAACACAUCGAGCACUUCUCCAAGUUCUCUCCUUCUCCUCUGUCCAUGAAGCAGUUCCUGGACUUUGGCUCCACCAACGCCUGCGAGCGCACGUCCUUCGUCUUCCUCCGUCAGGAGCUGCCCGUCCGUUUGUCCAACAUCAUGAAGGAGAUCAACCUGCUGCCAAACCGACUGCUGGCCACGCCCUCCGUCCAGCUGGUCCAGACAUGGUACAUCCAGAGUCUGAUGGAGAUCCUGGAGUUCCUGGACAAGAACCCUGAGGACCAGAGAGUCCUGGAGACGUUUGUGGAGGUCUUGGAGACCAUCAGAAACAGGCACAACGAGGUGGUCCCGACCAUGGCCCAGGGGAUCAUCGAGUUCAAGGACGCGUUUGGGCAGCAGGACCCCGUUACCGACCACAACAUCCAGUACUUCCUGGACCGAUUCUACACCAGCCGCAUCUCAAUACGCAUGGUCAUCAACCAGCACAGUAUGGUCUUCCACGGCAACUCCACCCCCACCCCCCCCCACACCAUCGGCUGCAUCGACUCCAUGUGUGACGUGACGGAAAUCGUACGAGAUGCCUAUGAGAGCGCCAAGCUGCUGUGUGAGCAGUAUUACCUGGGAGCUCCUGAGCUGGAGCUGAGGCAGAUCAAUGCCAACAGUGCCAGAGAACCUAUCCAGAUAUCGUACAUCCCAUCUCACCUGUACCACAUGGUCUUUGAACUCUUCAAGAACUCCAUGAGAGCCACAUUAGAGAACCACGAGGCCAGCAGUCACCUGCCGCCCAUCAAAGUCAUGGUCGCUCUGGGGGGAGAGGACCUGUCAAUCAAAAUGAGUGACAGAGGAGGUGGCGUCCCCUUCAGGAAGACGGAGCGUCUGUUCAGCUACAUGUACUCCACAGCCCCCAGACCCAGCUACGGAGAAAAACACAGAGCUCCACUGGCAGGGUUUGGCUACGGUUUGCCCAUCUCUCGACUCUACGCUCGUUACUUCCAGGGGGAUUUACAGCUGUACUCCAUGGAGGGGUGCGGCACGGACGCCAUCAUUCACCUGAAGGCCUUGUCCACAGACUCGGUGGAGAGGUUGCCGGUUUUUAACAAGACAGCUCUGCGUCACUACAAGUUGAGUUUGGAGGCAGAUGAUUGGUGCACGCCCUCCAAGGAGCCACUGGACAUGGCCGUCUACCGCAUGGCCAAGUGACUCGGCCGUGGUGGUGGUGUUUAAACGUUGCGUGAACGUGAUUACGAGUAAUUCAUGAGGUGUCCACAAACUGACCUGUGAAGGAAUGACACGGUGGGACCAAAACUGUGGUCCAGGGCCGGUCCGAGGUCCGGAGAAGAGACAGCAGGCCCCGAAUCACUGUCCUGACUGUGACGGAGUCUUCUUGAUUAAGAGAACGUCCCUCCUGUGUUCUUCACAAGUCUGCUGCUGAAGAGGAAGAGGAAGAAGAAGGUGGACGUGAGUCUGAAUUAACAAGACGGUCAGAGAGAGAGAGAGAGAGAGAAGAUUCAGAAGAACAAAAGACGACGGACAUUUCUGACCAACAUCAGCUUCGAUCGCUCCUCACAGGUGUGAAUUUAGCUUCUAACGUCCUGACGUGGAGUUAGAGAAUCAGAGAGAAAAACACGAUGUAACAAAUAUGUCAAAUAUCAGCUGGAGAUUUUUUCAUUAGCCGUUGAGACCAUGGAGAAAUCAAUACUCACAUCUCUGCAAGAUAUGAAAAAAAGUCAAAGUUACUGUAGCUCCCAACAAAGUGAUGAAAAAAAAAACAAUGAACACAGAGAGAAGAAGAAAUGGUUUCAUCAGAGAAUUUGUCUGAAUUGUCAAUGUUUUCUUUUAUAAACUGAAGAUCUUGCAGAGAUGAAGUUUUGUUCCUCCUCGUCUCAUUUUGUCCUAACGAAGAGCAAAGUAGAAAAAAGUUUUAUCGUCUCUUUUUUUUGUCCUUAAUGCUGUUUUUUUCUGCUUAUUUUAUUUUUUUGCCUAAAGAAAUUCUGUGCCAGAAAACGCACCAAGUCCUGAUACUGUACACACUGAAGGACCAGACAACAGUACACAAAAAAUACACACACACACACACACACACAUCUUCACCUAACUGUCCUUUCACAACAGUUACCUCAACAACAGCUGUGGAAAAUGGUGGGGAGGAGAAGGGGGGGGGGUAAGAGGGUAUCUUGGAAUAAUGACACGAUGUUUUUUUCCAAUGUUUCCGUUGUGAGUCUGUCACUCAGUCGACGUGUCGUCGUUUUUACUCAGGUUUAUCUUAAGAUGCAGGUAAACACACAUUCUGCUGCUACAGUAGGGUUAGGGAUUAACAGGUGUGUGUGUGUGUAGGUGUGUGUGUGUGUCUUAUCCACAGCCACAACUUGAUUAUUCAUCUUGGGUUAAAGUUUGGUUUUGUUGAAUCAAUGAAAUCUUAUCUGUUGUGAUUUUACUGUGAAUUCUAUAUGACAUACUGCAUGUACCUGUACAUAUAUAUACAUAUAUAUAUAUAUAUAAUAUGUGUAUACAGUAUAUAAAGGAGACCAGGACACUGUGUAUUUGUAUGAAGUGCCUGAAUUUGAUUGUGAAAUUUCUGUUUAUUCUGAAUUUCUAUAUUUUUAUAAAGACGGGUUUGAAAAUGAUAAUUAAAAAAAUGUGGAAAAUAA